CCCAAGGGGAACGUCGCCAACGUUGCUCAGUUCUUAUUACGUCGUCGUUUCUUUCUCACACGGGCUUUUUCCUUGGGCAAUUGAAUUUGAAGUUAGUCCGAGUCUGGCCAUUAUCUCAAAGCAGACAAAUAUCUUCCGUCUACCGGCACAGCCUCGCCGCAUCUAUCGAAGGACUCGUUUCGUUUUGUUGGAACUCGUGGCUUUCAGUUUUUUCCUUUUUCCCCAAAAGAUCGUAUUAAAUCCUCGCGGUUUCGCUUUUAUUUUAUCAUCUUUUAUCUUGAUUCCCACUGUUUACAUGUAUUUAUUCCUUAUUAUUGCAUACCGUAUGUGGGUAUCUCUUGUUUCACCGUUUUGAAGUUUGUUGGAUAUAAUUUAAUUAUUAUGGAUCUGCUGCAUAUCACUUUUUUAUUUUUUCUGCAUUUUGAUUUAAUGUUUUUAUAAGUGGUGGAUUCUUUGUAUGCUCUUAUUGAAUUAGUAGAAUAUUCUUUGUCAAGUAUAUAUUUUUUUAAAGCUUUCUAAUUAUUUUUGGGGAGUAGAUUUUGAUUGACUUUGGUUGUUGCAUACUGGAAUUGGAGAUUGAAGCUGUGGGUAAAAGACUUUGAAGUUGAAGAAUGCUUCAAAUCAGGCUGAGCAAGGCCCCAUCAUCAGAUGGUGGUGGAGCAGCGAAGCCUUUGCCUGCGGAGACUGUGACAGUUGCGUGCCCAGACCAUCUUGUUCUUGCUGAUCUUCCUGUGGCUAAGGGCAUUGGUGCGGCAACUGCAGCUUCACUUGUCAAGACUGUGGGUCGCAGGUCCAGACGCCAGCUUGGUGAGCGAGUCCAUUUUUGUGUUCGUUGUGACUUCCCAAUUGCUAUCUAUGGGCGCUUGAAUCCUUGUGAGCAUGUCUUCUGUCUCGAUUGUGCCAGGAGUGAUUCAAUAUGCUAUCUUUGUGAUGAUCGUAUUCAAAAGAUUCAGACAAUCAAGAUGAUGGAGAGCAUAUUCAUCUGUGCAGCCCCUCACUGCCUCAAGUCUUUCCUAAAGAAGACUGAAUUUGAGUCUCAUAUUCACAACAGCCAUGGUGACCUUCUGCAGCCUAAUGCGGAGAAAGAAGAAGGUAAUGAAUCUGAGAGUCUGAGUGCCAAGCAACCUACAGUUUCGGAUUCCUCUGUUCGAGCUCCACCAAGGCAAGUCAUUUCUCCUGGUUCUAAUUCUCAGCUCAGUGAUCGUGAAGACAAAGCCAGACGGCAACAAUCUAGAGAGCAACCAGCCCCAAGGACUGUCAUGCCACCUAAGGCACCAGUUUUUGGGCAAGUUCAAAUUUACCAAUCAGAUACCCAACCCGAAAACAACCUUCCCCCAGGUUUUGAGAGGCCUGGCCCCUAUAAUCGCUUUAACCAGGGCUUUGAUGCACAAGGCGUCCCACAACAAGAAUCUAGCCAUCAGCAGGGACUUGUAUCAGAAUCCCCGUUUCCUGAAUAUCCACCUGUGCAUUCCAUGCAACCACCUAAUUUUGUUGUCCCCAUGAAUUCAAAUCCCAUGAUGAUUCCACCAUUUUCUGUACCUCCUUUCCCAACUGAAGGAUCCCAACAGUUUUACGGUGCCCCCUAUGGGAUGCCUAGGCCAGACUUAGCACCAGAAAUUGGAUCAGAACAAGCAUCAUUAUUGGGUUUCCCACAAGGUCCAACAGGGGGAGUAAAUUUUCCAGGAAGUUAUCCUCAGCCCUGGAACACUGGUCCCACUGGUAUGCCUUUUGAAGUUCCCUCAGUGGGUCAAGGAAUUCCAGAUGGUUUUGGAAACAUGUCGGAUUCCCAAAGUAAAGCGGCAUUUUAUCAAGGCUAUGCUCAAAAUCCAGGUGGCUUACGCAUGAUUCCUCCCCUACCAACUGCCAAUAAGGGAAUGGAGGCUUCACAGGGUAGUAAUGCAAUAGAUCCCCGGGAUAGCAAGGGUAUAUUGACUUCACCACAAAUGUCACUUCCUCCACCACCACCACCGCCACCACCAGGGCCCCCACCGCAGUCUCACCUGCCACUACAUAAACAAGGUAUGUACUAUUCUGGUGAUAUGGUUCAUGAUGGUCAGGGUUUUGGAUGGCCAUAUGAGAGUCGAGAUAGCUAUGCAAACAGCCAAGACUAGAAAAAUUGCCUCUAUUUAUGGGCAUAAUGGCUUGUAAUUUUUUUUUUCCUGGGUCAUGCUGACUCACAUGUCUAAUGAUACUAACAUAGCAAAAUUUUGAGCA